UGGAAUCGAGCGAGGGGCACGAGAAACGCCUGGUUUUUCAUCCGCCUCCCUCUUGUUUUCUAAACUUGAAAAUCGAUCGAUGUAGUAAAAAAAAGGGAAGGGGGCGGUAGAGAACGCAUUUAUUACACAAUUUCGUAUCUCUAUAUUGACCUUGUUAGCCCCACCAGUACCACCAUCCACACCACCACCUCCACCAUCUUCUCCUCCAUCCUUCUCUUGGCGUUACCGACAUCGUCACGUUCUAUCUUCUAAGAGAGAUGUGAUCCAAUAAAUAAAUGAUGGCAAAUUUGGUAACUCCCGGUUCCUGAUUGUGGGGGGAGAGAGAGAGGGAGGGGGAGAGAGAGAGGGGAGAGAGAGAUGGGUUUCUUGAGUUCUUUGCUGGGUUUCGUGGGAUUUGGGGUGGGGAUUUCUGUAGGACUGGUAAUUGGGUACUACCUGUUCAUCUACUUCCAGCCCAAUGACGUCAAGGAUCCUACAGUUCGACCUCUUGUUGAGCAUGACUCAAAAUCUUUGCAGCACAUGCUUCCUGAGAUACCCUUGUGGGUGAAAAAUCCUGACUAUGAGAGAGUUGAUUGGUUAAACAAGUUUCUUAGCAAUAUGUGGCCAUAUUUGGAUAAGGCUGUAUGUAAGAUGGCAAAAGAGAUAGCAAAGCCAAUCAUUGCAGAGCAGAUUCCAAAGUUCAAGAUUGAUUCGGUUGAGUUUGAAACUCUUACACUGGGCACCCUUCCUCCAACUUUUCAAGGAAUGAAAGUUUAUAUUACUGAUGAGAAGGAGCUGAUCAUGGAGCCAUCAUUUAAGUGGGCGGGCAAUCCGAAUGUUAUUGUGGCAGUUAAAGCAUUUGGGCUGAAGGCAACUGUGCAGUUGGUGGAUUUGCAAGUUUUUGCUUCUCCAAGAAUCACUCUGAAGCCUUUGGUGCCAACAUUUCCUUGUUUUGCAAAAAUUCUUGUCUCCCUAAUGGAGAAGCCACAUGUUGAUUUUGGACUAAAACUUCUUGGGGGAGACGUGAUGUCCAUUCCUGGCCUUUACAGAUUUGUUCAGGAGACUAUCAAGGAUCAGGUUGCAAAUAUGUAUUUAUGGCCUAAGACACUGGAAGUGGCAAUCAUGGAUCUUUCAAAGGCCAUGCAGAAACCAGUCGCUAUUCUUCAAGUCAAGGUUGUGAGAGCAACUAAGCUAAAGAAGAAAGACUUAUUGGGCAAGUCUGAUCCCUAUGUGAAACUUAAGCUUACAGAGGAUAAGCUUCCAUCUAAGAAAACAACUGUCAAGCACACUAAUCUGAACCCUGAAUGGAAUGAGGAAUUUAACUUUAUUGUGAAGGAUCCAGAAUCUCAAGCCCUUGAGUUCACUGUAUAUGAUUGGGAACAGGUUGGCAAGCAUGAGAAGAUGGGAAUGAAUGUCAUUCCUUUGAAUGAUCUGCCUCAUGAUGAGCUAAAAACUUUGACACUUGACCUGCUUAAAAAUAUGGAUCCUAAUGACCCACAAAAUGAAAAGGGACGCGGACAAAUCACCUUGGAUGUGACAUAUAAACCAUUUAAAGCAGAGGAUUUAGCAAAUGAAUUGAAUGAAGAGACAGGUGCAGUUGAGAGUGCUCCUGAAGGAACACCUGCUGGUGGAGGUCUGCUUGUAAUAAUUGUGCAUGAAGCUCAAGAUCUGGAAGGCAAGCAUCACACAAAUCCCUAUGUACGACUUCUCUUCAAGGGAGAAGAAAAGAAAACUAAGCAUAUCAAGAAAAACAGAGACCCUAGGUGGGAGGAGGAGUUCACUUUUACACUGGAAGAGCCACCAACUAAUGAACGCAUCCAUGUGGAGGUAUUUAGUCGGCCACCUAGCAUUGGCUUACAUUCAAAGGAGUCUCUGGGUUAUGUUGAUAUCAAUCUCUCGGAUGUUGUCAGCAACAGAAGAAUCAAUGAGAAAUACCACCUCAUUGAUUCAAGGAAUGGAAGAAUUCAGAUUGAGCUACAGUGGAGAACUGUAGGGGCGUAAUGUUCUGCCAUGAAUGAGCCUUUUCUCCAGUACCAAACUCACACUUACACCUGGUUUACUGGGGUGCCCUUUCCUCGUUUCUUGGUUUUUUCACCUCCCCGACUUGAUCAAUUGUGUUUGUGUCCAGCAAUAAUGGAAGAUAAAUCCUGUAAAUACAGACCACUGAAUUGCUAAGUCUGUUGCUAAAAACCUUCCUGCUCUUCUAUUUUUUUGUACUCGCUUCUGCUUUUAUGGAUUAGAGGUCGAUUGUCACAGUCCAGAAUUUCAUCAGGUUGUGCCGUACUGGUAAGCAGUUGCUGUCUGCUCUUGAAGAUUCUGAAGCAACUGUGAGAAAAAAUUCAGUAACUACCGAAGAGCUAGGCUCUUUUUUUUA